AUGUGUGGAAUUUGCUGUGUGGUGAGCACGUCCUCCGUGUGUUCAGCUUUGGAGACGCGUGCAUAUGAAAACUUGAGAAAGAGAGGGCCCUGCUACAGUCAAGAAAUCAGAAAAACUAUGACUACAAAUAAAGACCUAAGCUACCAUUGUCUAUUUUCUGCUCAUGUCCUACACAUGAGAGGUCCCAUGACUCCUCAGCCAGUUGAAGAUGACAGUGGGAACGUGUUCCUUUGGAACGGGGAGGUGUUCGGGGGUCUCCCUGUGGGCCAGGAGGAAAAUGACACCCAUGUUCUUGCCCAGCACCUCUCCCACAGCCAGCUACCCGACGAGGUCCUAUCGGUCCUGUCCAGGGUUCGAGGACCCUGGGCUUUCAUUUAUUACCAGGCAGCACAGAAUUGCCUGUGGUUUGGCAGAGACUUCUUUGGUCGCCGGAGUCUGCUCUGGCAGUGCAGUCCUGAGCAGAGGUUGAUGGUUUUAUCUUCUGUAGCGACCGCUGUUCCCUGCACUGGUGACCCACAGUGGCAGGAGGUCCCAGCAGUUGGGGUUUACCGGAUGAAUUUAAGAGCCUUGGCUGAACUUGGUUCGCUGACUUUAGAGGUGUACCCUUGGAUUCAUACAGGUGAUGUUCCUCCACCUGCCAGCCACAAGUGGGAGGGUUUGUCCAGUUGGGCUUCUGUAACAAUGAAUGACUCUGGACUCUUUCUUUGUGCUCCAGUUUGUCCUUUGAACCGAGAGGUCACUGAGAUUUGUCCUCUUCCACUGGAUGCUUUUAGUCCUCAGCCCUCUGCUGAAGACUUGGAUACAUUAUUACAGUGUGGGGAAAAGAGGAAAACCGUUAACCAGCUCAUUGAGGUUUUGAGCGAGGCGGUGCGGAGGCGUGUGCAGUGUCUUCCUGGUGAAACGGCAGCACCACCACCAUCCGACGAGGAGGUGGAUAUCGCCAUACUUUUUUCUGGUGGGAUCGACUCGGUGAUUCUUGCUGCGUUAGCUGACCGCCACGUCCCGGUUGGGAAGACUAUCGAUCUUCUGAACGUGGCCUUCAAACUACAGGAACCAAAGAAACAGAAAGAGACAUCUAAAAAACCAAAGGGCAACAAGUUAAAACCUGUUGACACUGACACUGGUCCUUCAGAAUCUGAUGCCUUUGGCGUACCUGACAGAAUUACUGGCAGGGCCAGUCUGAAGGAGCUGCAGGCACUCAACCCAGACCGAAGGUGGAACUUUGUUGAAAUCAACGUCACACGUGAAGAGCUCCAGGAAAUGAGAUUGAAAAGCAUUAGCCAUCUUGUGUAUCCCCUAGAGACUGUGCUUGACGACAGCAUUGGCUGUGCUGUGUGGUUUGCUGCUAGGGGAGUCGGCACAGCGGCAGAAGGCACAGAACAGAAAGCGUACGCCUCGGCUGCAAAGGUGGUUCUGACGGGAAUCGGGGCAGACGAGCAGCUGGCCGGGUACUCCAGACACCGCGUCCGCUAUAACACUGCUGGCCUGGACGGCCUGGUCCAAGAGCUGGUCAUGGAACUGGGGCGAAUCUCCUCCCGAAACCUGGGCAGGGAUGACCGGAUCAUUGGAGAUCAUGGGAAAGAGGCCAGGUUCCCUUUCUUGGAUGAGGAUGUGGUGAGUUUCCUGAAUGGCCUGCCAGUGUGGGAGAAGGCAGAUCUUUCUCUGCCUCGUGGUCUGGGGGAGAAGCUUCUGCUGAGGCUGGCAGCUCGAGAGCUGGGCCUGGGGCCCUCAACCACAUUUCCCAAGAGAGCCAUGCAGUUUGGCUCCCGUAUCGCCAAGCUGGAGAAUGGCCGUGAAAGGGCCUCUGACAAAUGCAACAGACUCCACACCGCUUAAAUUGACAUGAAUUUUAAUCAGCCCUUUUCUCUGUACAGUGUCAAAUCUUUAAUAAAUGCUACUGAAUGCACAA